AACACUAACAAACAUGGCGGAUUACCUGUUGUGAGUGAGAAAAAAGUUACAUUUGGAGAAGAUGGAAACCCCAGAUAAGCGAGGUGAAAUGGAAGAUGUGGAAAGUCCAUCUGAUGUGUCAGACAGCAGUGGACUGUUGAGGGUCCACCUCAGCACCGAUGAGGACAGUGAUGACAAAGGUCCAGGCCAGGAGACCUUUGAAGAAGAAGAGACAGCCCUUCCUCCUGAUUUCCAGUGGUUAGAGGAGCUGUAUGAAGAUGACGAUGGUGAUGUUGACGGUGAUGGUGACCUUGAGGUUGCGGCUAUGAAUGGUCAGAAGAGGAGUAAUGCCGAGACAGCACGGAUGUUCAAGCUGAGACGAAACCUGGACCAGCUGGACUUGUUUCACCAACAGAAGGAGCAGGACGUGCUGAAAGCCAGAGAAGUGCUUAAACUCUGUCGUCAGAACAUUGAAAGUUUGGUGGAGCAGAGGGAUAACUUGGAGAAAGAGAUAGAGCGACAGAGAGCAGCAGAUAACAGUGUGGCAGUGUUUCGUUUGCGAUCCCAUCAUAAGCAACUGUGUCAAAAGCUGCAGAAUGAGGAGGAGCUGGAGGGCCACGUCAACACUGAGCUGAAGCAACAAAAACUGGUGCUGAACGAGGUGGAGGUGGAGCUUGGCAGGUUUGCCUCACUCCGGCAGGAGGAGCAGGUCUUCUGGGUCCUUAAGGACCAGAAGGCAGCGACAAGGAUGCUGCAGGAGAGGAAAGCCGGCCAGAACCUGCAGCUCAAGAUGCAGAAUCUCAGGGAUAAACAGGCAGCCAUGCUGAAGAAAGAGGAGGCUGAAUGUCAGAAGAAAGUUGAAGAAGGCCAGGCGAGCCGCAAGAUAGCUGCCAAGUACUUGAAAGAGACCAUUAAAAGGAUGCAUCGGCAAGAGGCUGAGAAGGAGCAGCAGAACAGGGAGUUACUGGAAAAGAGGAUACAGGCUGUCCAGUCACUGAAAUCUAACAUAGCAGCCACCCAAGAGAGCUUACGGGUCCAACAAAGCAGAGCCAAGGCAAAUGCCCAGAAGAAAGAGCAGCAACGCAGACAACUGAGAGAAUCCCUGGAGGCCCAAGGAAUCAACAGUAUCAGACAUAUGUACCAACAGAAACAACUAGAGGAGAUAAAACGAAAACAAGCGGAAUUCGAGGAGAGGCAGAAGUCAAAGAGAGUGGAGAUUGUGGCAAAAAUCCUUCAGGAGGAACAGCUGGUAAAGGGCAGAAAGAGGCACCGGGCACCGCUGCCUAAACCCUCAACCACUGACAAGUUCCCAUCCCUGGGAAGGGCAAGAGAGAAGCUCCUGCACUACCUGGAUCCCAGUCCCCCACCAGCCACUGAAGAGAGAGCCACAAUCCAGUUGAGACAAUUCAGUGACAUCAGCAGCUCAUCGUCAGACUCCUCUGAUGUUGAGGACCUGGAGGAAACCAUACACCAGGAAGUGGACCAUCAGAGCCUCGCUGACAGCCUGGCUGAGCCUGAGUUCUCUGGGCUGUGGGACCAGAACUACAAGAAGCCCCUGAAUGAGAAAACAACAGUGGUGCAGACAGAAGUGAAGCAGGAAGAACCGGAUAUGGCCGGUGGAAAGCUGAACAUUCCUGCUAAAAAGCUUCAUGGGAAAGAGUUGAAAGGUCCUCCAUUCAUCAGUAAACCAGAGGUCAUCCUCUUCAAGGACUUUGAAGUUGGGAUAAUGUAUAAGAAGAAAGUCGUCCUCACUAACAUCAGCUACAUCACCAACCACUGCAAGCUCAUUGGGGUCUCCGCCCAACUGAAGGAUUUCAUCUCUAUCAACUUUGAGCCUCCUGGUUCUUUAUCCACUGGGAUGUCCUGUGACAUGCAGGCUGUUUUUCAGCCUAUGAUCAACGAGGACUUGGAAGGUGAGGUCCGGUUUGCGUCAGCAGCGGGCCCCUUCUCUGUGCCCGUCAGAUGCACCAUAAAGAGAUGUGAUCUGGAGGUUGACAGCCAGUUCAUUGACUUCGGUUCACACGUGGUCGGCCAGACUAUUUCAUGGACCAUCACCUUGACCAACAAGGGUGCACUAGCCACCCUCUUCAGCCUGGACACCACCACAUGUCUCACUCCAGAAACUAGCCAUGCCCAGAUGGCAUCCCAGGUCUCUGCCAACACCUGCCAGGAGACAAGCAGUCAAAACACAACAUCUGACGACCAGAGCAGCUCUGUUUCCAUGGGCACCGGAGAACUCCAACCACAGCCAGAGAGUCAGGAGCUCUCGGAGGCGUUGCAGCAAGAGCCCCCAGAGUCAGAGGCUUCAGCUACAGGUCCAGAAGUUAUUCCUGAGAUUGCUGCGUCAACCGAUGUGCAUGUUCAAAUGGACCAGAGCCACUCAGACUACGGAGACAUAAGUCUAGGAAGUGUUAGAGAAGGGGAGAUUGGACCCUUUGAAAGCCUCAAACUGGAAGUUGUUUUCACUCCAACCAUUCCAGGAGAGGCCAGACUGGACUUCCACAUCAAAUUCUCUGACUUAACCAGCAAACCAAUACCCAUCCAGGUGAGGGGUGUUGCCGUCAGCGUCCCUGUAUGUGUGGUCCAGCCCAGCAUUGAUUUGAAGAUCUGCAUGUUUGACCGCCUCUACCAAGACAGUAUCAUGGUCCAAAGCAGAGCCAGCACAGCCUUGAAGCUGACCUUUGAGGUGUGCCCGGAAAUGAGGAAACACAUGGAGAUCCUUCCAAAGACGGGCUUCAUCCAGGCCCAAUCAAGCUUUAAUGCCCAGCUCAAGUUCCUGCCCAGAAGCUCUUUAUCCAAAGAUGCCAAGAAGCUUUUUGACAACGACACAGGAGUCCUGGAGGUUCCAAUGGCAGUUCAAGUAGCAGGCCAGGUGAAGCCGCUCCAUUUUACAGUCCAAGCAGUUGUGACCACCUCAGACCUGCAGUUCGACCGCACUGAGGUGGACUUUGGCUUCGGUUCCAUUCACCAGUUGGUGAAGAGCAGCGUCCGCCUCACCAACAUGUCCCUGCUGCCUCAGGACUUUGGCUUCCUGGGUGUUCCAGAGUUUAUUGAGCUCCAGCCUAAUGAUGGCUUCGGCACUCUGCUCCCACAAGAGACCCUGGAGAUAGAUCUGAUUUUCAGUGCAAACAAGGCCAAAGAGUACAAUUUCCAGCUCAGCUGCAAAUCAGGAAUUAACAGAGAUUUCCCUCUGUCAUGCCGAGCGGUGGGUGUCCGUCCUCCACUGCAGCUCUCCCAUUCUCUGGUUCAGUUUGGGGCCACGGCAGUAGGUGACCACUCCACUGCCAUACUUUACCUGAUCAACCAUCAAACCAACCAUAACCAGUCCAAACAGCCAAUCCCUCCAGCGGUCAAGGAGGCCAGGGCUCCUGUAGCACCCAGGCUGUUCUCCUUCACCCUACCUGAGGAUUCAGACAUCAGCAUCUCUCCUUCAGCGGGCGGCCUGCUGCCUGGAGAGAGAUGUCUGGUCCAAGUGACGUUCAGACCCCGACUGUUUGACCAAGACAUCAAAGAGGAGGCGCUGCGUCUCCUCCAGCGAGCCAAGUUGCUUGCUGAGAAGGAGCUGGAGAGGAGCAGACACGCUGAACAGGAGACUAAAAACGAGGUCCCAGUGGAAACCGGGAAAGGGAAGAAGGCGUCUGUCAUUCCAAAGAGCAGCCAGGUGCCUGAUGGCCCAAAGACAGAACAACUAACUGAAUCUCCAGAUCCUGCCGACAUACAGCCAGGGCCAGAGCAGUAUGAGGAGGCCAGGGCGUCUCUGCUGAACUCCUUCACUCGUCGCUACAGGCAGUGCACCGUUCCCUGCUUUGUGUCGGAUGGCGGCCCUCCAGAGGAUGACCCACAGGCCCAGCCGGCAUGGAGUCCCUUCAAUACUCUGUACUUGAAGCUGCAGUGUCCGGCUGUACAGCCUCCUCUGGUGGUCGUAUCCAACAAUGGAAACAAUAUCAUAGACUUCCAUCGGGUGGCAGUGGGAGAAAAAGUGAUCAAGAGGUUUACAGUUCAGAACAUUUCGAGGGAAACUUUGGAUCUGAGGUCAUCGGUGCUGGAUCUACAUGGUCCUUUUUCCCUUUUGAAUGCUCUCAGAUGCAUCAGACCUGGAGAAAAACACACUCUGGUUCUGGCCUUCAGUCCGUCUCUGGAGAAAAAGUGCCGUGAGAUUCUGGAGUUGUGUAGCCAGAAGAUGUCCCUGGAGAUGACUCUGUGUGGGGAGGGUGUGGUCCCUGCUGUCACCUCCUCCCACCCUGGAGGUAUCCUUGACUUUGGCUAUGUGUUGGAGAAGGAGAGCACCACGCACGUCAUGAAGCUGCAGAACAGCUCAGCGGUGGCCGUGGGUUUUAGGGUGCUGCUGGCCAGCCUCUCUCCCUCAAGGCUUCAGGGUGGAGCUGAUAGUGUGGCCUUCCUGCUGGGGACUCACACAGACUCUCAGGUCCAGCCUACUGUGGGAACCCAGAACUACAGUGGGUUGAGUGUGUUCAGUGCGGUGCCAGUAGAGGGCAGCAUUGCUCCAGGACAGAGCCUGGACAUCACUGUCACCUUUCAGCCUGACCACCCGUCCGUCAACUAUUCUGACAGACUAACCAUAGAGCUCAUGAAUAAGAGUGAAGUGUGUGUGGUGGAUCUGAAGGGUGCAGCUUCUUCAAACAACAUGUAUCUGAUUGGAGGAGACCUGCUGACGGUGCCCGUUGAAUCCCUCCUCCCUCCACUGAUAACUAGUCAGCCUCACCUCACAGCAGAGUCAGAGCCGAUGGAAAAGCCCACCAACCCUGUGCUGGUGACCCUGCGGGCCAGCUACAGCGCAGGAGUCAUCACACCUGCAGUGAGGGAGCUGCAGGUGGGCUGCAUCCGCUCCACACAGCCCAUUAAGAAGAGCGGUGAGUUUCGCUGGGAUAACGUUGCACCUCUGCAGCCGCUCGGCUUCAGUGUGGAGCCCAGCGAAGGCCCCGUGGAGACCGGCCACAAACGCACCAUCACUGUCACAUGGACCCCCCGCACUGGAUACAAGCCCUAUGAGGUAGUGCAGACAUGUUUACCUCUUACCUUGAAGGGGGAUGAGACGAAUGUGUACAGAGUCACCCUGAUGGCUACGGUCUCCUCCACUGCUGACUGACCUCUACGCUGUCUGGAUGCCGGCCAAUGUGACAUCUGCUCAAACACACACACACUGAAACAAAACACAUAGACAUGUGAUAUACUGUACAUUUAUUUGGCUAACAUUCACUAACAAAUUGAUCGUUUAUGAAUUAAAUCUAAUCAUUAAAGGUGGAAUUAAUGCAAGAAUUGUUGGAAUAUCUGAUUUGAACCUUUAUACUCUACAGUGACUGUUCCAUGAGCCCCGAGUUAAGUUAUGUUAGCAGCCCAUGCAUCUGGCUGUGGGACUUAAUUCCACCACCAGGGGGCAUAUAUAAUGCUGUGUUAUAUCAUGGCUGAGGGUGUGUCAGCUGAUGUAAGCCAGCAGAUGUACACAGUAGGCUUCAUACUGUAGCACUGUUGGCACUAUGUCCAUAAAGUGGAACAAGGCAGGGGUCACAAUGAGGCCAAAAAAAGGAACAGUCUGUAAAAUAUGGCACAGAAUUUGCAAAUAUGAUAUAGAUAUAUGAUGGUUAUCCUUAGUUUGGUAUAACGUCUUCUUGUAUACAUGUUAAGCCUAUUGAUCAGGCAUAGAAACACAUAUUGGUUAAGCA